AUCCCUUGGAGAGAAAGAAGAAGAGCUAAGCAAUGAGAUUGAACAACUCUUAGCCAUGCUUCCGAAGGCGAAAAAUUGGAAUGGUGUUGAACUCUGUCAAUACCAAGGGUUCUGGUGUCAAUCUAAGUACCUUUGCGGCAUGAUCAGGUUUCAAAGACACUUCGAAGCUCAAGACAGUGACAUAAUAUUAACCACUUUUCCGAAAUGCGGCACCACUUGGCUCAAAGCCCUAAUUUUCACCAUUGCCAAUCGUUCCAAAUAUUCACUAAAGAAUAGCCCCUUGCUCUCUCAAGGCCCUCAUGAGUUGGUUCUUUAUCUUGAUUAUGAUCUUUUUAUGAGAGAUCCUCUUCCUGCUCUUGAAGACUUUCCUAAGCCAAGGAUUUUUGCGACACAUACCCCAUAUCCUUCACUUCCAAAUUCUAUUAAGAAUUCCAAUUGUCGCAUUGUUUACAUAUGUAGAAAUCCUUUGGACCAGUUUGUCUCCCAUUGGAAGUUCAUGGUGAGAGUGAGAGUUCGAAACACCGAGCCAAUUUCGAUUGACGAAGCUUUUGAGAUGGCUUGUCAAGGAAGGCAAGAAUUUGGCCCCAUUUGGGAACAGGUUUUGGCAUAUUGGAAGGCUAGCAAAGAAGAACCACACAAGGUAUUAUUCUUGAAAUAUGAAGAUUUGAAAGAGAACAACAAAUUUUAUGUAAAAAAAUUGGCCGAUUUCAUCGGAUAUCCGUUCACUGAAGAUGAAGAAAAGCAAGGAAAAAUAGAAGAAAUUUCCAAGUUCUGUAGCUUUGAUAACAUGAGCAAUUUGGAGGUGAACAAGAAUGGUGCACACCCCACUGGGCUUAAGAAUGAUAUCUUCUUUAGGAAAGGUUUGGUGGGAGAUUGGAAAAAUUAUUUGACAACUUCAAUGUCCGAACGUUUGGGGAAAAUAAUUGAAGAAAAAUUGAGUGGCUCGGGUUUAACCUUUAAGAAAACCUAGCUUUAAAAACCCUGGAAGAUCCAUAAGCUAUAGAAUCCAUAUUGUUGCAUCAGAUAGCUUUGCUUUGUUAUGGUUGUGUGCUGCUUUCUCUUUGAUGUGAUGAAGUGUGAAUAAAUUUGAUGUAGAUAAUCUUAUUUUGUACCCAAAAUGUAUU